ACUACCUUGGAUGCUCACGUUGGCUUCUGGAGUAGGUGGACGAGUAUAUAAACGCCGGGCAACAGUCGAUCAAUAGCAUUCUUACCGAGCUCCUCUUCUCUACUCUUCACCUUCAGCGAACUACGAUGAAGUCCACGAUUGCGUGCCUGUUGGUGUUGGCUGUCGCCGCCCAAGCUCAAUACUUUGGCAACUACGGAUACGGACUCGGUGGAUAUGGUGGAUACUACGGAGGAUACUACCCCUACGCCAGUGUUGUUCCCUCAAAUGCCGUUCCCGCUGCCGUCCCCACUGCCGUUCGCGCUGCCGUCCCUGCUGCCUACCCCGUUGCUUAUGGCUACCCAUCUUUCACCGCCAGCCAGUACCACGCCCAGGAUGAGCUCGGCCAGGCCAGCUACGGUUAUGCCCACCCUGGACAGUCCGCUACCAACCUUCGUGAUGCUUUCGGCAACCAAGUCGGCAGCUACGCUUACCUCAACCCAGAGGGUAAAGAGGUCCGCGUUUCCUACACCGCUGACUCCCGAGGCUUCCGCGUCCUCUCCAACGACCUGCCCGUUGCCCCAGUCGCCAACUUGGUAGCACCCGUCCCAGUCCAGGACACCCCCGAAGUUGCCCAAGCCAAGGCUGAACACGCUGCCGCUGUUACUGCCGCCAAGUCUGGAGUCGUCCCUGCUGCCCCCGUUGCUGCCGCUGUUGCCCUUCCGGCUCCAGUUCAGGACACACCCGAGGUAGCCGCUGCCAAGGCGCAAUUCGCCAUCAAAUACGCCGAGGCCAAAGCUGCCGCUACUCCGGCUGCUGCUCCAGUCCGCGCUAAACGCCAGAUCCUGAGCUACGGUGCCGCUCCAUUCGCUUACAACUACCCCGGCUACAACUACCCCGGCCACAACUACCCCGGCUACAACUACGGCUACGCCGCUGCUCCUUUCGCUUACAACUUUGCCGCUCCCGCUGCAGUGGCUGCUCCCGCAGUGCCCGUCCGUGAUGCCACUCUGACCAAGACCGUCCUCACCCCCGGACACGCCGUUGCUUACCGUGUCGACUAAAACAUCGAACUGUUUCCGCUUCCUUCAUUCCUGUCCUUUUUUUCCUUUCGUGGUUUUGAUUUGUUUCUAAAAUCUUUUUUAUUCAAUCGUUUUGUAAUAAAAAAGGGGAAAAAACAAA